AUGAAGAUAUGUCUACGCUGUCUCGGUGACCCGGGAUAUCAACAAGGUAUUGGUCAGAAACUUGGCGUUAGUCAAGCAACUGUAUCUCGGACUGUGGAUAGAGCUGUGAACAGCAUAUUUGCACAGUCGAACGAAUGGAUCAAGUUUAAAACUACCAACCAUGAACUGAUGGAGGCCAAGCUAUGUGGCAGAGCAUGUAUAAAUUUCCGGCAGCAAUUGGUGUAAUUGAUUGUACACAUUAGGAAUCCUGAAACCAAAUCGCCAUCUAGAUAAGUAUAUCAACUGAAAAGGGAAACCUAAUUUAAACGUGCCACUUGUGAUGCCAGAGAGAUAAUCACAAGUGUUGAUGUCAGUUGGCCUGCAUCAGUGCAUGAUUCCAGAAUAUGGAGAAAUUCAGGGACUAAAUCACAACUAAUAAAUAAAGCAAAUGUUGUAGUACUUGGCGAUGACGGUUAUGGUAUUGAUCCAUCCCUUAUGACUCCCUUCAGAAGUCCUACUCCAGGUGCAGAAAUAAAUUAUAAUAAGCUUUUAAAACAAGAAACAGUUAUAAUUGAACGGCCAACUGAAACGCCGGUUUCCUGUCCUACAGUAUGUUUGCCGCGUAAAGUUGGAAAAUGUGCCGAAAAUAAUUAUUGCUUGUAUCCAUAAUGUUGCGAAGAGCUUGGGCGAUCCUGACUUUGAGUUAGUUGAACAAGACCCAGAUGAAGAUGAAGGAAAUCAUGAGAAUGACGAACUUCCUCUCCGUCAACUAAGUUAACAAAUAAGAAGAAACUUGAGUACUAUAAUAAAUAGUUUUACUGAUUAAAGUGUAUUUAUAAGCUAUAAUAAGUUUUAUUUUCCUGAACAUCGUCAGUUACAGAUGGC